UAUGCCUGAUCUAUUAAUGACUGUUAGCAUUGGAUUUUAGUAAUUGAAAUAAUAAUAAAUAGAAAAAAUGGAAUUAAAAUAAACGCGAAAAGAAGAAAGAAGAAUUAAAAGAGAAAAUGAAAGAGAUGAAAGAUAAAAAAUAAAUACUUUAUUCUUGUUCGUAUUAGAUUUAUUAAUACUUUUAUUAAAUUGUUCAUCUGAUUUUCAAAAUUUUAUGAAUGGUACAUUAAUAGAUAUUAAAUACUUUCAAGAAUUAAAAUAAAUUUUAGUGGAAUUGUAAUAGGAAGCAUAAACGAACGAGUUUCAAAACUAAAUGAAACUUUUAAUUGAAUAAAAAUAAUAAGAAAUGGUUAGAUUAAUCAGUAUGGUUGGAUUAUAACAAUAAGUUUAAAUCAAAAUACAUUUGACAUUCUUAAUAAUUAUCAAGAGAUUAGAAACUAGAAGAUUAAUCUGGUAUGAUGAGUUUUCACAAUUAAUCAUAAUCAUAAAAUUCAAAAGAUAUAAGAAAUUUAAAACUAGAAAUGAUUAAGGCUAAUUAAAUAAAAAAUAAUUAAUUAAGCUGAAAUGGUUAAUUUUUUCAUUUUGAAAUUG